GGGAAUCCGCCAUUUUCCAUUAUAAUAACAACGAAAAACAAAGUAAACAUGCGUAUCCCUAUGAAUGUGUAUAUAUUUUAAAAUAAUGAUACAAACAGUAAAGUGUAGUGUAACACUUGAAAUUCCUUAAAAUGUAUAAAAUCGUAAGGUUAUCUUUUACCAAGCAUUUAUAACUCGAUAACGUAUAAUUCAAUCAAAGGCCUAACCUUAAUAAUGCAUCUCCAUUUAAUGUGAUACACAAAAUCCCAUAAUUCAAUGAAAUACAAUCGAAUAUAAUACGUGCAAGCGAUCAAGGAGUAUCAAGAAUAUAAAAAAUUAAUGAGAAAAAGAAAGACAAGGUUCUUUUGCAUAAUAAUUUUGAUAAAUUUGAAAAAGCCGCUACAAGAGAAAAACAGCCAUCGUCCGCAUUGCUUCGCGUUUAUUCGUAAAUCCCCGAGCACGCCCGAGUGAAACAAGUGUCUGUAUACAAGAUGGCGAAGCCCGGUGGUCGUAUGGUGAAAAUCGCGAGGGGUUCGUGCGUCCCGUAGAAGAGUUCUUAAAGAACCCGCUGCGGAAACUGUCCGGGUCGAGUGUUUGCUACAAGGAAGAAACCUGGUGGAUUCUUGAAGUGGAGUUCAUAAGUGGGUGAACAAACAAUGUGACGAAAGGUGCGUGUGAGAUAUCAUCGAGGAUCGCGAAGACCUUAGGCGAGGUCCAGUGCCCGAGGAAGUCGAGUAAUCACCGGGGUGAAGUCAUUGGAGAGUGGCCGUAGAAGACGUUGCUAAUCGUGAGGAAGAGUAACGAGCAAGACAAGGAGGCGAAGGAAGUUGAAAGAGGUGUAUAAGAAGGAGCACAAUAAGGAAGAAGAGGAGGAGAAAAUACGACGAGCUGCUGGUGGAGGUCACUCUCGAGCGUCACCUAGUGCAGGUCUUGUACAUCCCAGGAAUCCUGGUGGCGUUGCGAUCGUCAUUCUCGUGUAGUGUCUUGCCGAGUGAUAGGUCGUACUCUUGUGAAAAGAACUCGUAGAAGGUCUUCAUCGUGAAGAGUGUCUUACCAUUAACCUACUCCUGUGCUCAUACCAUACAGCGCAAUUAGAAUCCUGAUCCUUAGAAAAGUCUCUCUUCCUUUUCUAACCUUACUUCUAUCUCCUUUUUACAAGUGGUACACAGUACCUCUUUGUCUCUCUCUCUCUGUCUCGCUUAGAAAUAUACGUACACUCGCACGUAUACUCUCUCGCACGUCCGCACCAGUGCCGGCUGGCUGGCUAGUUAGCUGGCUGGCUAGCUGGCUGGCUGGCUAACUGAUUCCCCUCGGGCCCGCUCUCCCCAGCUGCCUCCUCUUCCUCUUCCUCCGUAACCUCCUCCUCCUCGGAGUGUUCCCCUCCGACGAGGAGGACUAGGAGACCCAGUCAGUCCCCUCUGGCAUCCUCGUCAUACCCAGAAAGUGAGACACGCGCGUCACUCCCAGCGAGUACGCGACGAGGAAGGCGGCGACGUCAGUGACUAUAAGAAAGACGUCGACAACGAUGGAGCCAAGGGAACGUUAUCACGAGCUCUGCAGGCUCUGCGCCUCCUACGACGCCGUCAAGAUGAAUAUAUUCGGCCAGGAAGGGAGGAAUCGUCAGCUUGUCGACAAGAUACAGACUUGUCUGCCCUUCAAGAUAGCGGAGGAUGAUCGUUUGCCAAAGUGUUUAUGCUAUCGAUGCAUGUACAAUCUGGAAAAUUUUUAUGACUUCAGAACUGCAUGUGUCAAUGCGGUGGCAUUAUUGGAAAGAUGUUUACCCUCCAGUGAUGCGAGUAACAAUGGAGCGCAGACUCAUAUGGAUCAGUAUACAGAGCUGCGCUCUGAGCUUCUCAAGGAGAAAGAAAAUAUGCCUAUACUCAUUCCUGAAGCCCCCAUAGUCAAUCCCAAUGCAGCCCUGGGCACUCCACCAAGACUGAAUUCUGAUGGUGAAGCGGAUCAUGAGAUUGAAGAAAUACUUGAUCAGAGUGGCACCGAUGAAGGCCAAGACGAGCACGAGGAUCCUAAAUCGGACGAGUAUGAAAUGGAUAUGGAAACUAAUCCAAGUGAUUUCCUGGAGAUGACGUCCAUUGUCACUGACGACGUCGAGGAGAUACGAUCUCUCUCCAUGCCACGUGAGAAACAAGACACCAGUGUUUUCCAGCACACGUCGGAACAGCACGAGGUCUACGUGUGCUCUUUGUGCAACAAGGCCUUCAGCUCGAAAGGGCAUCUCUCUUUGCAUGCUAGAAUCCACGUGGGUGCUGGUGAUGUAAUCGGCGAGAAAGUCAUCACCGACGAUCACACCUCCUACAAGAGACCUUAUCAAUGCGACCUCUGCAAUAAGUCGUACUCAACGGCAAAGCACAGAUGGGGACACGUCUCAACGACACAUAGGGGUCAUCCAGCGGUUACGUGUAGAUACUGUUCUCGGAUUUACUCGACGAGAACGAACCUGGAGGAACACAUAAAGUCUCGUCAUGCAGGCUUACCACCACCUCCGGAACUACCACUUCCUUAUAUUCAACCUGAUAACAGGUUCCAGUGUAAAACGUGCCCAAAGAUGUAUACGAACGUCACCGAUCUGAAUAAGCACAGUCGUGUCUGUCUGGGCGAAAGACGUAGAGAACUGCCCAACAAGAUUUCCGUUCAGAAGAGCAAAAGUCUUAUAGAUACGUCGGAUCUAUCUAGUAUGGACUCCGACGACGAGAGUAAGGACUAUCGGGAUGCCGAAGCGAAACUCGCCAAGAAUCCCCAGCUGACUAUACUUAAGCAGGCACUGACCAAGGGCGAUAGCCUUAAGCGGGAUUACGAGGACAAAAAUAGAAUUGGCUCGAAACCUAUGAAAGUCGCGAGGACAGACAGCAGUGAAACCGAUGCUCAGAAGAGGUGGUACUGUGAAACCUGUCCACAGAAUUUCACGUCGGUGGAGAAUUUAAAGGAACACGAAGUCACCCAUGAGGCGGACAAACCCUACAUCUGCAUCCUCUGCGAAAAGGAUUUCGUCCUUAAGUCGUCUCUGAGUAGACAUAUUUUGACCUCUCACGGGGUCGAUCCUUCUCCAAUCGUUGACAGUGAUAAGUGUCUAAAGAAAACAGUGUCUAAUCUGCAAAUGCGGAAUAAGCAGGCGCAGAUCAUCUACAACGAGUCCAAGUUAACCAAAGAGGCAUCUCAAUCUCCAUUCUCGCCAGAGAUGAAUAUGGAUAACGACGAGGAGGAUCGUGAGAGCGGCCACGAGAACAUGAUUGAAAUCGAGACUGUGUUUGUCUGUGAAAUAUGCACUAGGGAUUUUAAUGAUCGUGCAUCACUAUGGUUACACAUCAGAGCGACGCACAAAGAAUUCGCGGCGUUUGCUUGUGGAGUCUGUUUAAAGAUUUGCUCGGACAAUACUCAGCUCUUGAAUCACGUUAACAUGUACCACGGUGGCUCAAAGCUUCAGGUCUCAGAACAAAGAAGGUAUAGUUGUACAAUCUGUGGCAGGCAACACGAUUCCAGGAAGAAGCUCAUCACUCACGUUUCUAUUCAUAAUGUUGAUCCUGGUUAUGAUCCAGCGAGUUUUGUUCAACUGAAUAGUAAUUAUUAUAACGAGAAUCUGAAUAGUAACGAAGCCAAUGAACAGCCCAUUGAUUUUGAUGGUGAAGAUGGAGAGAAGAUCGACUGCUAUAUAUGUUACAAGUCUUUUCCUAACGAGGAUCAUCUCAUUAGGCAUCAGCGGAACGCUCACAAGUCCGAACCCCUGGUGCAGAUGGGUGACCCUAGCAAUGGUAAUGGAUCCGGUUCUACUCCAGGCAAUGGAAAUCGUGCUCAGUAUCAUUUGUUCUUCGUUUGUGAACUUUGUGGCAGUUCGCAUCCAAGUAAAUGGGAGCGGUGGCUACACGUUAGUGGAGUGCACAGUAAUGAACCUGCCAUAAGGUGUGAGCGCGAGGACUGCGGUAAAAUAUUUGCUACUAGGUCACUUCGCAACGAGCAUGUGCAACAUCAUCUUCUUCAGGGUGCCUCGCCGAAUACCUGUGAGAUAUGUGGGAAGCUGUGGGGCAGUCGUGUGGAUUACUGGAAGCAUGUAAUGGGCGUACACUCUGACACGGUACCCUUAAUCUGUGGGGUAUGUCUAAAAGUCUUCCCCGACGUCAUCCAACUUAGUGCUCACGUCAAGUCGAAUCAUUGGCCUCUAACCAACGGAGACUUCAGCUGUGAUAUCUGCGGGAGGCCGUACUCAAAUAAAUCAAAAAUGUCCCGGCAUAGGAAGAUACAUGGUUUGGAUACGGACAGCUACGCCAACAGCACCUUGCACGAGGUUAUGAACGAUUCUAGGCUGGAUCAGGGUUCCCACGAGAGCGAUCUCACCUGCGAGAUGUGUUCUGAUGUCAAAUUCACUAAUCUGGAUGACCUGUGCAAUCACAGAAGAACAGCGCACGGCCUGUUCCCUUGUGAUCUUUGUAAUAAGUGCUACGGACGGACCUCGCACCUUUGGAAGCACGUCAAUCGUGUUCACAAGGGUCACGAGGACGUCACCUGCAGGUACUGCCUGAAAACCAGCGCUUCGAGGGAUCAUCUUGCUGCUCACAUUGCCAAGAUACACAGGUAUGAGCCGGAGAUGAAGAAGGAAAUACGGGAGUCGUCCAUCUUCAAGUCGCCUAAUCCUGAGGACGAGACUCUUCAUCAUUGUGAAAAGUGUAACAAAGGUUUCCACAAGAGAUAUCUUCUACGUCGUCACAUGAAAGGCUGUCAGAACUACAGAAAGGAUCCCGGUGCGUUGCUCACUAGGUGUCGUGCCUGCGAGAGGAUAUUCAAGGACCGUGCUAGUCUCCAGAAACACAUUGAGAAUCAUCACAGUACCUAUACCUGCCAUCUCUGCGAUGAGACCAUAACCUCCAAAUUAGGUAUCAUGACGCAUAAUAGAGUGAACCACAUGAACCAUCCAGACCUGACUUGUGACUAUACAAGUUGCAAGAAACUGUUCCGUACCAAGGAGGACCUGGAGUCUCAUCGCAAAGAUCACAAGUACCUUGGUACUCCUAACGUCUGCGACUUUUGCGGUGAUACCGUUGAGAAUAAGCUUAAGCUCAAGAUGCAUAUACUAUCCUUACACCGUAACGAAAUAGGAGUAUCAUGUGGUGUCUGUCUUAUACCCAUGAAGGAUCCUAAGGAACUGAAGAGACACGUGGAAGACGUCCACAGGAGUAUAUUGUCUAAACCUAAUACCUGUCAGGUGUGCGGCAAGCAAUACGCCUCCAAGUGGAAGGCUUUUGAUCAUACGAAAAAGUGUCACGGCAAGGUGUUCAGGACUUGUAAACAGUGUCUCGCAGUGUUCACUAGUGACGAGGAUAUAAAGCAUCACUACGAACAUGUUCACAACGUUCCCAAGGAUCAGCUUGCUGGUUUUGAGUUCAGGUUGGACGUCGGACCCAGGCAGGAGGAGUUUGACGCCCCUGAUAUCGUUGUUAAGGAAGAGCCUCAAGAGCUUGAUUUCUACGAGGAGCCUUGCGAGGAAGACUAUCACAACUCUAAGAGAAGGAGGUCGUUUUCUGAUACUCUGGACUGUGAGAUGUGUCCUGAGAUCUUCCUGAAUGACGUCACUCUGGCUGAGCACUAUAGAAACGUUCACAAUACGGAUCCUAUGCGUAUAUUCAAGAAGCUUAAACUAGACACUGCAAAGCGGAAAACGAAAAACCGCGAGAACUUUGAAUGUAAGAACUGCAGAAAGCAGUUCUCCACGAAGACCCUCUUCUGGAACCAUAUAAAUGUCUGCUCCAAGCGUAAUUCUAUAAACAGAGAUGACAGGGUGUACUCCACAUCCAUUCUGGAGUCUCACCUCAAGAAUAACAAUCAGAUUAAAAAAGAGGAGCCUGAACCCAUCCUUAAUGAGUCUAAUCUGAACAUUCCUGACUUCAAUCUCUUCGAGGAUAUUAAUAUGCAACUCUCUGGACAGAAACCUGUACCUAACCUCAUGCCUCUGUCUCAUAUGAAAUCGCUGUCAAGUAUAAAGUGCUCGAGAAAGGACUCCAGAAAGGUGUACGAUGAAUCGACGAAUACCGAGUGUGCCUGUGAAGUCUGUGGAAAACAAUGGCCAGCUAAGAAGCAUCUCUGGCAGCAUCUUAUAAGGUUUCACAGAACGGAAGCUGCUGUCACCUGUGGCGUUUGUCUGAAGCUCUGUAAAACUUAUCAGGACCUGGCGGAUCAUCUCAAGGCAGCCCACGAAGCCAUCCUUACCUGCGAGGGUAACAAUUUCACUUGUAAAACCUGUGGCAGGUAUCAUAAUGCUAGAAGUAAAUUACUCUUGCAUAUGAGCAUACACAUUAAUUGUAAUGGUAGCAGCUGGUGUAGAAAAUGUCAACAGAGUUUUGAGAGUGAAGAUAAACUCAAGGAACACGUCGCUAUCUGUACUGGCGGUAACCAGGUAGAGUACGAGAAUCAUAGUAAUGAUCUGGAGAACGCUGCCAAGAACAACGAAAAUGAUCACGAUUAUAAGAAUAUUCUUAUGGACGACGAGCAUUCCUUGAUGGAGGAAGUGGACGAGGUCGAGGAAGUUGAGUUUGAGACUGAAGCUUCUGAUAAUCGUGAGGAUAGUAAUUCAGAUGACAGUGGUGAUUCCGAUAGUGAUAGUAAUCCUAGUAGUAGUGACGACGAGGAUAACGAUAAUGAGAAUGAGGAUGAAGCUGAGUGUAGGACUAACAGUAGAGCUACGGAGGUUAGCAGUGACAGUGAGAGUGCAAAUCAAGAUUCGGACGAGGAUAAAGUUAAUGUGGCUAAGGAUCAUCAUCUGGAGCAGAGUGAAGACAUCAAGUGUAACAACAUUGUCAAAGCAGAACCCGAGAAUGAGGAGGAAUCCCAGUAUCUACAGUAUAAGGAAGAGUCUCCUGCAUUGAAGGUAGACGAAUAUCCUAUGGAGGAAAGGAUGGAUCAUGAGAAUCACGAGGUUGUCAAGGUCGAGGCCGACGCUCCAGAUUACUCUGACGAUGACUUAGACGAGGAUGACGAUGAUGGACCCCCAGUACUAAGUCCAAUGAUGCCAUUACCACCUGUUCAGGAUGCAGAACAUGAUAACAGACAUUUGGACGACGAGAUACAGCAUGAAUUAACGCCUAUGGUGUCUAUUAAAAAGUCAAAUGAGACUGAAGGGGUCGACGAUGAUGAUCACCAGGAGUUCAAAGACCAAAUAGAAAACGGUAAGUCGACUUCCAGCUCCUCCGAAUAUUAUGAGAAAUCCGAUCCGCAGAAGGUGAGUUCGAAUGUGCCUUCAGUGGUAAUGGGAGAAUCGCAAUCAGAUACAGAAGAGGAGGGCGAGGCUGAGGGUGACGAGGAAGAGUACGAUAGUCAAAUGGAAGCUGUGGAUCAGACCGAUGAAGAGAAUAAAAGGUUCAUCAGUUAUGAGACGCAUAACACUGAAGACUCCGUUGAGGGUAGCUUUGCAGAAAAUUUCGAAGACGAGACAAUGGAGGUCGAGGUUGCUGAUGGAGAUGGUAGCGUCCAGAUACACGACCUCGACGGUACUGUACUGAUGGUAGCAAAUGAUUCGGAUGGUAAUCAGAUUCUGAUCCAAAGGAACGUAGCUGACGUGAUCGAGAACGACGAUUCUAAUCCGGAAGUCACUGAGUACGUCUACCAAGAAGGGCAGGAGUACGAACUGGAGGAAGGAUACGCGGAGUCGCAGCAAGCAGAUGACGUUCACGACGUCUCCGACGAGGUUCAGGAGGAGGAAGAUGAAAUCGGUAACGAGGAAUUCGACGAGGAAGUCGUUACGAGGGAGAACGAAAAUGAAGAAGGCGAUGAUAUGGAACCUGAACAAGAGGAGUAUGAGGAGGAGGAGGAGGAGGAGCAGGAGCAGGAAGAGGAGGAGGAAGAGGAAGAGGGGCAGGAGCAGGAACAGGAGCAAGAACAGGAUCAUGAGCAGGAAGCGGAAGACUGUGAAGAGGAGGUUGUUGACGAGGACGAGGAUUCCAAAAAACCGAUUAAUAGUGCCAAAACCGUAGUGUCAAGGACGUAAGUCCGCGAGUUCCUUAAUAACUUAAUAUAUAAAACGAUCAAAAAUGAAACGUUUUAUGUUAAACGUUUCUCGCGCGUACCUUAAUACGAUAUACCUGGCAUAGUGAUUUGUACAGUGGCCAUGAGAUAACUAAAGUAUAAACGUACCUCGUCUACGGGAACAGUGUUGAAACUUUUCUACCAUAUCAAUUAACCCGUUCGUUCAGCCUUAAUAUUACGUUCCUUAUUGCGACUAUAUGUGUAGCGACCAUUGAUAUACAUUAUUAUGAUUAUGAAUAUUAUAAUUUUUAAGAUCUCGACGUCCUUACAUCCUGACAUGUAAUAUUUACAUGAGAGGGUGAUCGUGUUCCGGGUUCGCCGGUAGCUUUCAAACUGCUAGACAUCUUAUUUAUUUUUUGCACGUAUAACAACGCGAAUCUGAUGUAGAAUUUGAAUUUCGUUAAUCGAUCGCGUAUCUAUUUUACCGAGGCGCGUCGCCGCGACGCCUCUCGAAGGACAAAGGUUUCUCGAAGCCACUUACUCUCGAUGGAAAGACAUGAAAGAUUCUCCAUAUUUUUCGAUUGUUUCGCAAGUUAUUUAUUAUAUUCAUUCCAAAGUAAUUCUUAGGCAUUAAUCACAUUGCACUGCGUUUACACGUAUUAUUAUUAUUAAUGUUGUUAUUAUGAUUAGUGUAAUCAAGAUUGCGUAAUCGUGUUCUGUGCGGCUCGAGCGAGCGCAACCAGCCGUUCAUCUUCCUUAUUCGUAUUUAUUAUAUGAAUAUGUAUCUUAUUAUUUUUUUUUUUGCAAAAACGCGGACAAGCAAAUCCAUUGUAUUUUGAUGAGCGAUCAGGACAAAUUUCAGGAAUGGCCUUUAUCCAGGUUAAAGUGGCCGGCGUGUCCGUUUAUUUUUCUUUCUUUUUUCUCUCUCUCUUACACAUCUUAUCUCUAUCUCUGUCUCUAGUGGGCGCGUGACUAGCGGUACCGGCCAGGUCUUCAAUUCUUGUAAAUAUUGUAGCAUACAAAAAUCUAGCUGUCGUAGAAAAAAUAAAAAAAGGAAGCGAUUCUAUCCAGCAAGAGUACCUCGAUGAUACCUCGGUUAUAACGAGAUACAUGAAAAACCUUUAGUUCAGUGGCGACGGUGGUUGAGAAUAAUCUUAAAAGAAAAGAAAGAAUAAAGAUAGCCCAUAUAAAACUAUAUAUUUUCUGUCAUACUGGAGUCAACAAGGCGAGAUCAUCCCUUGAGUUACAUGUGCGGCGUAUAUACAUAUAUUUCUGUAAAUAUAUGUACACAUAUAUUUAUGCAUACAGAUCGAUAUGUAUACGGUAUAUUAAUUUUUAUUUCCUGUGCUACUGUUAGUCCCGCCAGUACUACUAUUAUUAUUAAUAUUAUAUGAUUACCGAUAUUCUUAUUGCUAAACUAUCAUUACUAUUGCUAAUUUAAGCUAUGAUAAAUUUAAUAUUAAAAAAAAAUGUAUAUUGUGAUAAACGACUCGCUCGACUACGACCUGUAUCAUAGAAUAUGUAACUAUGCAAAAUGACGUAAUUAUCAUCGGGUAUAGUUGGAAGCGCAAAGCACAAUUUUCCGAUACGACUUUCGUGCUGGCUCGAUAACGACGAUGAUUUAUGAUUCCUAUGACGUUCCUCCAACCAAAAUGACCUUUCACCUGUCGCACGCUGUCAUUUAUAAUUACGUAUUACGGAAUCUUGUACCGAGUAUAAUCGAGCAUCGAGAUUUUCAUAUAGAAAUUAUGAAUUGAUUGAACGUCGCUACGAAUCAAGGAAUAUUAUAGUUUCAUCAAUGAUGAGGACUACGGUUGUUAUAUUGACAAGAAAAAAAAGGAAAUGAACUUUUGAAAUAAACGCCUGAGAUCAUUUACACUA